AUCGACGUCGUGCGCGUUCCGGUUGUGUGGCUUGGCGCGCGGUUCCCGGUCACAGUGCAAGACUUGACGGAACGUUUUUUUUUGUUAGUUGUGCAGUUACUGUUGUUGUUGUUGUUUUUCUUGUUUGAUACUGCACUUUAAACUUUGCGACGAAGACUCGGCGGUUUUUUUUGCUUCAUUCUUUCUCGUUUGUACUCCGCGACAGGGCGAGCAAAAAUUAUGAAUCAAACGUCGUGUUUUGGAGAACUUCAGCACUACAAGCUGGAGUACGCCGCCGACGAUGCCAGUUGUAUUCUAUCGUCGAUUCCGUUGCCGUCCGCAUCACCUGUCUUGCCCAACCGCACCAAGUCACCCGGCAGUCCUGCCUCGAAUGGUUCGGGUCUGUCAUCGACGGCAAUCUGCCCCCUGCGGGGUUUGGGUGGUGCUGGUGGCGGUGGCAGUAUCAGCGAGGAUGGGAUCGUCGGUAGCGGCAAAAGUUAUCCCUCCAUCAGUGCGGCCUACUGGCUGCCGGCGCCCAGUGCGACGCCGUAUCAAGUGCCAGGUAUGUGCAUUGAUAGUGAAAUUGAAAUUUCCACUCGUCAUAGGUAAAUGUGCUCAAUUCCUGAGAAUGUGAGAAUCAUAAUCAGUGUCAAAUUUCCCCAGUACUUGGUACAUUGAAUGCAAAUCAGAUGGGUCAUGCUAGAAACAACAAUUUUUCAGUUCGUUAGUAUCCUUUCACCGUCCUCUAGGAAAUUAUUGUUUGAGCGGAUUUUCGCCAGCUUCGCCGUUCAGAACAAACCGACUGUGAAUGGAAUUUGCUCUAAUGAAACUCGCCGAAUAUAUUCGACACCCGGGAGCAGUCAAUUCACCCACCUCACCACCACAUCCCAUCUCCAAACAGUCCUGCACUUCCUUCAACAAAGUGAAUAUCCAAUUUCAGUGUAUUGGAUGAUUUUGCAGCGAUAUCACCACAUACAGCAUCCACCCGCCCAAAGUUCAAACGCAUCCGAACACAAGCGGGAACAAUAACUUCGGGCGAUUCUCAGAUUUCAAAUCUCAUAACCAUCCUCUUUGCUGGGCACCACCGCCGUUGUUGCAGCAACGGGGCGUUGGGUUUUGCAUGUAGCUAAAAUACACACUGUCAGCCGGUUCAGUUUCAGAUCCGUACCGGGGUCGAUGGAAAUGAGAUCGAUUCCAAAGUACAUCUCCGGUUGGUUUGCGGAAUCACCCCCGGAGGGCAACCACAAUAGACCAAAUAGAAAACAACAACAACAACAGCAACGGCAGAAGCAGUAGUACCCCAUUCUCGGAAAGCAUCAUCAUCAUCAUCAUCAGUACUACCCCUGCAUAUAUGCAACGACAGCUCUUGGAGAUGGUGUUUUCCUUACAAUGAAGAUAAAGAACUUUUGCUGUGCGGUCUGGGGAUGGCUUGAUGGCACCUGUAUACGGGUGUGUGUGUGUGUAUGAGUGUC